CCCCACCCCCAUCCUCGCCCCUUACCGACCAUCGCCGCUCUCCUCGCCACGUCAUGUCGUCGUGCCAACCCUACAAUUUUAUUUUGGGCAUGGUUGGGUACAAACCAGGGGUGCGCCUUGGGGAAAACAUAAACAAGGGGGAGUACACAUGGAGCAGUUGAAAUUUCCAGAUAUGUUGGCCUUAAUUUUUGCCAAGAGGAGACCCGGAAUCGCAUUCCCCUUGUGGGCCCCAGCGCCCAUGUGCUGACGUGAAAACGACUCACGGCACUCUGCUGGCAGUGGCCACUGUCUGCAGCAGAAGCAACCCUCGUCUCGUCUCGUCUCCUCUCCGCACCGGUCGCCGCUCCCUUCCAAAUUCCCCAUCUUUCCUCCCUCCUCGGCCCCGCCCGGAUCACGCCGCGCCGGAGCCCAGAUGCCCCCGCGCCUCCUCCUCCUCUUCCUCCUGCUCGCCGUCACCGCCGCGCUCCCUCCGCCGGCCGCGUCCCGGCUCGGCGACCACGAGCCCCCUCCUCCUCCCCCGCACCCGCGCGCCCACCAGCGCCCUGUCCAGAGCGCCGGCGGGGGCGCGAGCCGCGUGCUCACCACCGCGCUCGUGGCCGCCGCGUCGCUGCUGGCCGUGCUCCUGCUCUACCUCUGCGUCGCCAUCGCCGUGCGCCGCAUCCGCGGCAAGGGGGAGGGCGGCCGCGCGUCGCAGCAGCAGGCGUCGCAGUCCUCCCGCGCGGCGGCGUUCCUCCGCCGCCACGGCCUGCACCACGGCCGCCCGGCCUUCACCUACGAGCAGCUCCGCGCGGCCACGGCCGGGUUCGACGCCGCGCGCAAGCUCGGGGACGGCGGGUUCGGGACGGUGUACCUCGCGUACCUCCCGCCCGCGGGCCGCUCCGCCGCCGUGAAGCGGCUGCACGUGCCGCCGUCACCGUCCCCGUCCUCCGCCACCAUCACCAAGUCCUUCUGCAAUGAGGUGCUCAUCCUCUCCGCGCUCCGCCACCCGCACCUCGUCCGCCUCCACGGCUUCUGCGCCGACCCGCGCGCGCUGCUCCUCGUCUACGACUUCGUCCCCAACGGCACCCUCUCGCACCACCUCCACCGCCGGGGCACGGCGCCGCCGCCGCCGCUGCCCUGGCGGACCCGGCUCGCCAUGGCGGCCCAGAUCGCGUCGGCGCUCGAGUACCUCCACUUCGCCGUGAAGCCGCACGUGGUGCACCGCGACGUGACCUCCUCCAACAUCUUCGUGGAGGCCGACAUGCGCGCCCGGCUCGGCGACUUCGGCCUGUCGCGGCUCCUGGCGACGCCCGACGCCUGCUCGACGGCGACCGGGCGGGAGGUGGUGUGCUGCACGGCGCCGCAGGGCACGCCGGGGUACCUGGACCCGGACUACCACCGGUCGUUCCAGCUGACGGAGAAGAGCGACGUGUACAGCUUCGGCGUGGUGGUGCUGGAGCUUGUGACGGGGCUGCGGCCCGUGGACGUGGGCAGGGAGCGGCGGGACGUGACGCUGGCGGACUGGGUGGUGUCCAAGAUCCAGAUCGGCGAGCUCCGGGAGGUGGUCGACCCGCCGGUGCUCGACGAGCUCCCCGACGUGAUGCCCAGCGUGGAGGCGGUGGCGGAGCUGGCGUUCCGGUGCGUGGCGCCGGACAAGGACGACCGGCCCGACGCCCGGGAGGCGCUGGCCGAGCUGAGGAGGAUCCAGGGGAUGCUCCCUCAGCUAUCAAACCACAAGGAUUCCUCUUGACUUUGGUUUCCACGGAUCAGAAUUGUGCUAGCACUGCACAAUCUCUCGGUUUGCUGAUGGCCGUGUUCCAAAUUCCAAUGCCGACUUCCUGGCUGAAGGAUUUGCAUCAGCCUCUGCAUGCAUUUGUCGAAGACGAGUGCCUCAUUGUGGAUGACCGGAUAGCAAAUCUGUUCAGACAAGGUUGUGAUCCGAGGUACGUGUGAGGUUAUAGAUAUACUGAGAUCAAUCAACGGUAGGAGGAUACUGUGACUGUAAUAUGAGCUUACUUGUGUUGGUUCUGUGAGCUCCUCUGCCUUUUGCGUUUAGCAGUGGCUUGUGAUCAAGAUGAACACCUGUAAGUUGGUUCUGUAGUCAAGAAACUGAUGUUAUGUUAGGUACGUAUGAGACAGGCAUCCCACAAUUAGGUUGUUGUUAUAUCGCAACUAGGAGUAUUAAUUUCUCCAUCGUGAUGGUUAUCCUCUCUGACAGUUGACUCAGCCAGGAAAAUGUUCAAUACUAAUACUAGUAGUAUAUUUCUUUC